CAAAUUCCUCGAGGUUUUCCAACUAUUGAUAUGGGCCCACAGCUGAAGGUGGUUGAACGAACUCGUACAGCUACCAUGUUAUGUGCAGCCAGUGGCAAUCCUGAUCCUGAAAUAACUUGGUUCAAAGAUUUCUUACCUGUUGACACAAGCAACAACAAUGGCCGCAUCAAGCAGCUACGCUCAGAAUCUAUUGGUGGUACACCAAUAAGAGGUGCCCUCCAAAUUGAACUGAGUGAAGAAUCUGACCAAGGCAAAUAUGAGUGUGUUGCAACCAACAGUGCGGGUACACGCUAUUCUGCCCCUGCCAAUCUAUAUGUCAGAGAGCUGCGAGAAGUUCGGCGGGUCCCACCGAGGUUCUCUAUCCCCCCCACAAAUCAUGAGAUCAUGCCUGGCGGGAGUGUAAAUAUCACCUGUGUUGCGGUGGGAUCACCAAUGCCAUAUGUGAAGUGGAUGCUAGGAGCAGAAGAUUUGACACCUGAGGAUGAUAUGCCAAUAGGGAGAAACGUCCUUGAGCUUAAUGAUGUCAGACAGUCUGCAAACUAUACUUGCGUUGCUAUGUCUACCCUUGGUGUUAUAGAAGCAAUAGCACAGAUAACUGUCAAAGCCUUACCCAAACCUCCUGGAACACCUGUGGUGACAGAAAGCACAGCAACUAGCAUAACGUUGACUUGGGAUUCUGGAAACCCUGAGCCGGUUUCUUACUACAUAAUCCAACACAAACCCAAAAACUCUGAGGAGCCAUAUAAAGAAAUUGAUGGGGUGGCCACAACUCGUUACAGUGUGGCUGGCUUGAGCCCAUAUUCAGAGUAUGAAUUUCGGGUAGUUGCUGUAAAUAACAUUGGGCGAGGGCCGCCCAGCGAGCCUGUGUCAACCAGGACUUCAGAACAGGCACCUUCAAGUGCACCGCGCAACGUACAGGCCCGCAUGCUGAGCUCCACCACCAUCCUGGUACAGUGGGAAGAACCCGAGGAACCUAAUGGGCAAAUACAAGGUUACAGAGUUUAUUACACCAUGGACCCCACUCAACAUGUCAACAGUUGGAUGAAGCACAAUGUGGCUGACAGCCAUAUUACCACUAUUGGGAAUCUUGUACCCCAGAAAACGUACUCUGUGAAGGUCCUUGCUUUUACUUCUGUUGGGGAUGGACCACUUUCUAGUGACAUUCAAGUCAUCACUCAAACAGGAGUGCCUGGUCAGCCAUUGAACUUCAAAGCAGAACCUGAGUCUGAAACAAGCAUACUGCUUUCCUGGACACCUCCACGGUCUGAUACCAUUUCCAGCUAUGAACUGGUUUACAAAGAUGGGGAACAUGGGGAGGAACAACGGGUUUCCACUGAACCUACUACAUCGUAUCGUCUGCAAGGCUUAAGGCCAAACAGCCUGUACUUGUUCCGCCUAGCUGCACGCUCUCCUCAAGGGCUGGGUGCUUCAACAGCAGAAAUCUCAGCGAGAACCAUGCAGUCAAAGCCAUCAGCUCCUCCUCAAGACAUUAGUUGCACAAGCCCCAGCUCCACUAGCAUUUUGGUAAGUUGGAAACCUCCACCGGUGGAAAAACAGAAUGGCAUUAUAACUGCAUACUCCAUCAAGUACAUUGGGAUUGAUGGAGAAGAUGUCAAGCCCCAUGAAAUUUUGGGAAUUUCCUCGGACAGUACCCAGUACCUUUUGGAACAGCUGGAAAAAUGGACUGAGUACCGGAUCUCUGUGACUGCUCACACUGAUGUUGGACCUGGCCCAGAGAGCUUAGCAGUAUUGAUUCGGACAGAUGAAGAUGUUCCUAGUGGUCCUCCUCAGCCCAUGCUGAAGGACAUCAUGCUAGCAGAUGCACAGUGGGAAUAUGAUGAUACUACUGAACAUGAAAUGAUAAUUUCUGGGCUUCAGCCUGAGACCACAUACUCUUUCACUGUGACAGCCUAUACAACAAAAGGUGAUGGAGCACGCAGCAAACCCAAACUUGUAUCUACUACUGGUGCAGUUCCAGGCAAACCUCGGCUUGUGAUUAGCCACACACAGAUGAACACGGCUCUAAUUCAGUGGCAUCCUCCUGUGGAAACUUUUGGCCCGCUGCAGGGUUAUCGCCUGAAGUUUGGUCGCAAAGACAUGGAUACAUUAACAACCAUGGAGUUCUCAGAGAAGGAAGAUCACUUCACGGCCACAGACAUUCACAAAGGAGCUUCUUAUAUCUUCAGGCUCUCAGCUAGAAAUAAAGUGGGCUUUGGGGAGGAGAUGGUUAAAGAGAUUUCUGUUCCUGAAGAGGUACCCAGUGGAUUUCCCCAAAAUCUCCACUCGGAAAGCUCUACUUCUACAUCAGUUCAAUUAACUUGGCAGAUGCCACUCUUGGCAGAAAGAAAUGGCAUUAUCACCAAGUAUACCAUCCUGUACAGAGAUAUCAAUGUUGCUUACCAGCCAGUUGAACUCCCUGUUGUUCCUGCUGAUACCACUAUGACACUUUCUGGCUUAAAACCAGAUACCACUUAUGAUGUAAAAGUACGUGCCCACACAAGCAAAGGGCCUGGUCCAUAUAGUCCAAGUGUCCAGUUCAGGACACUACCCGUGGAUCAAGCAGUGUUUGCAAAAAAUUUUCAUGUUAAAGCAGUAAUGAAGACUUCUGUUUUGCUGUCCUGGGAAAUUCCAGAAAACUACAAUUCAGCACUGCCUUUCAAAAUCCUUUAUGAUGAUGGGAAAAUGGAAGUUGAUGGACGAGCUACUCAAAAGCUGAUCACAAACUUGAAGCCAGAGACGUCAUAUUCAUUUGUCCUGACAAACAGAGGGAAUAGUGCUGGGGGUCUUCAGCACAGAGUUACUGCAAAGACUGCACCAGACGUGCUUCGCACAAAGCCAGUCUUCAUUGGAAAGACCAACUUAGAUGGCAUGAUAACUGUGGAGCUUCCAGAAGUACCCUCAAAUGAGAACAUAAAAGGCUAUUACAUAGUUAUUGUGCCUUUGAAGAGGUCUCGUGGAAAGUUUAUCAAACCGUGGGAGAGUCCAGAUGAAAUGGAACUAGAUGAGCUGCUUAAGGAGAUAGCUAGGAAACGCAGAAGCAUUCGCCUUGGGAGGGAAGUUGAAUUAAAGCCAUAUAUUGCAGCUCACUUUGAAGUUCUUCCUACGGAAUUCACAUUGGGGGAUAAGAAGCAUUAUGGUGGAUUUGAGAAUAAGCAACUGCAGAGUGGUCAAGAAUACGUCUUCUUUGUGUUGGCUGUAAUGGAGCACUCAGAAUCUACCAUGUAUGCAACAAGCCCAUAUUCAGAUCCUGUUGUGUCAAUGGAUCUUGAUCCCCAGCCAAUUACAGAUGAGGAAGAAGGUUUGAUUUGGGUUGUUGGACCAGUUCUUGCAGUGGUCUUUAUCAUCUGCAUUGUUAUUGCUAUACUUCUUUAUAAAAGCAGUAAACCUGACAGGAAGAGGGCUGAAUCUGAUUCUAGAAAGAGCAGCAUACCCAACAGCAAGGAGGUGCCCUCUCACCAUCCCACGGAUCCAGUGGAGCUGCGACGCCUUAACUUUCAAACUCCGGGUAUGGCCAGUCAUCCCCCAAUACCUAUCUUGGAACUUGCAGAUCACAUUGAAAGGUUGAAAGCGAAUGACAAUUUGAAGUUCUCACAGGAGUAUGAGUCUAUUGAUCCUGGUCAGCAGUUCACAUGGGAACACUCUAACCUGGAAGUAAACAAACCAAAGAAUAGAUAUGCGAAUGUAAUUGCAUACGACCAUUCUCGUGUCCUACUCUCAGCAAUAGAAGGCAUACCAGGCAGUGACUAUAUCAAUGCCAACUACAUAGAUGGAUACAGGAAGCAGAAUGCUUACAUAGCAACGCAGGGGGCAUUGCCAGAAACCUUUGGUGACUUCUGGAGAAUGAUGUGGGAGCAACGAGGUGCAACUGUCGUCAUGAUGACAAAACUAGAGGAGAGGUCCAGGGUGAAGUGUGAUCAAUACUGGCCAAGCAGAGGCACAGAAACUUAUGGACUAAUCCAAGUGACCCUUUCAGACACUGUUGAAUUGGCAACAUACUGUGUUCGUACGUUUGCACUUUACAAGAAUGGCUCAAGUGAGAAGAGGGAAGUGAGACAAUUCCAGUUCACUGCCUGGCCUGACCAUGGUGUCCCAGAACACCCGACACCGUUCUUAGCUUUCCUGCGACGAGUCAAGACUUGCAACCCACCUGAUGCUGGACCUAUGGUUGUUCAUUGCAGUGCUGGAGUCGGCAGGACUGGCUGUUUCAUUGUGAUAGAUGCCAUGUUAGAGAGAAUAAAGCAUGAAAAGACUGUAGAUAUUUAUGGCCACGUAACUCUAAUGAGAGCACAGAGGAAUUACAUGGUUCAAACUGAGGACCAAUACAUCUUUAUCCAUGAUGCACUGCUGGAAGCAGUGACAUGUGGAAAUACCGAAGUGCCAGCCAGAAACCUGUAUGCAUAUAUCCAGAAGCUGACACAGAUAGAAACAGGCGAGAAUGUCACAGGAAUGGAACUGGAAUUUAAGCGUCUUGCUAGCUCUAAGGCUCACACUUCAAGAUUCAUCAGUGCCAAUCUUCCAUGUAAUAAAUUCAAAAAUCGCCUUGUCAAUAUUAUGCCAUACGAAUCCACAAGGGUAUGCUUGCAGCCUAUUCGAGGAGUAGAAGGCUCUGAUUAUAUUAAUGCCAGUUUCAUUGAUGGAUACAGGAAACAACAAGCUUACAUAGCUACACAGGGUCCUUUAGCAGAAACAACUGAAGACUUCUGGAGAAUGCUCUGGGAGCAUAAUUCUACAAUUGUGGUCAUGCUCACUAAGCUACGAGAAAUGGGCAGAGAAAAAUGCCACCAGUACUGGCCUGCAGAGCGCUCAGCCAGAUAUCAGUAUUUUGUGGUCGAUCCAAUGGCAGAGUACAAUAUGCCACAGUAUAUUCUGAGGGAAUUCAAGGUUACAGAUGCAAGGGAUGGUCAGUCCCGAACAGUGAGGCAGUUCCAGUUCACUGACUGGCCAGAACAAGGAGUGCCAAAGUCUGGAGAAGGAUUUAUUGACUUCAUAGGCCAAGUGCAUAAAACAAAAGAGCAAUUUGGUCAGGAUGGACCAAUUUCUGUUCAUUGCAGUGCGGGUGUUGGAAGGACUGGAGUAUUCAUAACCCUGAGCAUUGUGUUAGAAAGAAUGAGAUAUGAAGGUGUUGUAGACAUCUUCCAGACUGUCAAAAUGUUAAGGACACAGCGGCCAGCCAUGGUACAGACAGAGGAUCAAUACCAGUUCUGCUAUCGAGCCGCACUGGAGUAUCUGGGCAGCUUUGAUCACUAUGCAACAUAAAAACCCAAUGUGGAUUUUUAUUGCAGGCCCUUUAAGAUCCAGAGAGCCGCUUCUGAGCCAUACGAUGUGCUUUAGAAGUACUUCUUAACUCUUAGCUAAGGAGCAAUUAUUGGGGAUAUAUAAAACAAAAAAUAAUAAAAAAAAAACAAAUGAACAAAAAUAUUGGGGAUAUAUAAAACAAAAAAACCAACAAAAAAAAAUACCCCACCCAACAAGAAGUAUUCCAUGUGGACCAAGAAUUCACAGUUUAAUAACCUAACCAUAAUAAAAGAAUCCUGACCACUGAGGCGUCUGAAGGAUCUCAUUUACAGAUACCUCAAGGGUUCGACAUUGGUUGAAGUUAAAGGGAAGAGGAAAUUAAUCAGAAAGAGUGAUCAUCUUAUUCAGGAUUACAUGCUUUUGCAAAGAGGAGUUUUGAGAACUGCAGUUCAGUGCAAGACGUUUGUUGCGAGGUUGGGUUCUGGCUUCUCAAACAAAGCGGACUCUUUACUUCAACAUCACCCUUUCCCAUCAUACUGCUCAUCCUAACACUUUAGGGAAAAUGUGGGAAUGUUUAAAAAGAAAGUCCUUGAUUUAGUUUUUUAGUAUUGUAAAGAUACUGCUGACCUGUGCUUCAUUUUUAACUGUGUAAACUUUUUCCUUUUUUUAACAAGAGUUUAUCAUUCAAUGAAGUGAAUUAAAGAAAAGGUUGCAUAACUGUUAAUAUUUUUGUUUUAAAAUGUAGAUUUUUUUUUUUUAAGCUGUAGAACUGUUAUCUGUAAUAUUGUGCUGUAGAAAUGUUAGAUACUUGGAAAAUUUGCACAUUUUUGUGCAGUCCUACAGUACCACAGUCUUGUUAGAUAUUAAUUUUGUAGUUUUAUUUGGGCUUUUUUUUUUUUUCUUUAAGAAAAUAUCCAUUGUAAUCAGUUAAAUCAAAAUGGGGCUUUUUGGUUUCUUUUGGAAUCAACAGGGAGGCGCAAAGUAUAAAGAUGCUGCUAGCACAUCCACACACACGCACAUAUGCACAUGCACACUCACACCCUCUCUCUUUUAUAUAUAUAUAUAUAUAUAUAUGUAUUACUGUCUACCCUUUCCUGACUCUCUGUUUAGUUGCAGAGAAUACAGAUGGAUUCAGAUACAAAUUCACACACAUGCACAUAAACGUAUCAGUCCUUCCGUACCUGGAUUUAUUCAAAGUAUUGGGAAAGUUUUUCCGCAUACAAUUGUAUCAACCUACAAUUUGAUCAUCUCUGCAUUUUUAAGGUCCAUAAACUUCUAUUUCAAAGGGAAGUGAGGAAUGCACAUCAUUGAUAUUUGAACGCCAUCUCUAUCCCAAAUAAUAUUUCUACCCGCAUUUCCACUUGAACACACACACUUGCACACAUACAGAGCACACACAUGCACACACGCACAGAGAGUAUGUGAUUUAGGCUUCAAGUGAAGUUCAAUAUUUGUAACACUAUAGUGCAAUAAGAAAUCAUAUUAUUAAAUGUAGGAGGUGUGCAUGUGGGAAAGGUCAGUGCAUAUCCCUUUAGGAGGGGAGAAUGUUGUAAUAUACUAGGUAUUAAGAUGUUUUAAAACUGUAUUCAAUAGUAUACUGUCUAUAGUGUGCGCUAUAUAAUUUACAUUUAUCGUAUGUAACAGGGCAAAGCCAAACACACAUUGCUCUGUGAAAUCAAACGUUUUGUGGCAUACAGCAUUGUUUGGGGAUGCUGGGGUUUAUUUUAAUUUUACAUUUAGAGUGCCUUAUAUUUGAUGCCUAUUUUGAAUAGUAUUUCUUUAAGUUAGCCUUCAUUUGUAUUUAGUUUAGUUUGUUUAUAUCUCUGUUGUUCUUUUCAAACAUUUUAAUACAUGUACCAGACAAUUUUGAAAAGUAUGCAUUACCAGUUUCUAAUCAAGUAUGGAUGGUAAUAAAUGAUAACCCAAAACACAUAGGUAGUCAAAGCCCUUUAUCUUUACAUAUUUCUAAUAACAGAAUAGCCCACAAAUUGGAAGUCUUUUUCUGGUUAGCUUUUCAAACCCGCUUUGUCACUCGUUAUAGUGUUAUCUGUCAUUGCCGUAAUGUAGCAGCACAGUAGCAGUAGUUGACAUCAGCAGUGCUUAUGCAUCUUUUCUUUUUUAACUUUCUUUUCUUUUUUCUUUUUUCUUUUUUUCUUUUUUUUUAUUUUAUUUUUUUUCCAAAUUGAUUUUGGGCCAAGUCCGGCUCAUUCACUUUUGUCACCAGAUUGCUGAAGUCAAACCCUUGCUUUCAGUGGGGAGGCUCAUGUAAGGCUAGCAAGACUAAGCCCACAUGACAUACUGGAGAUUGACAGAUUUUAUUCCAGGACAAAGGAAAAUUCUCUAAACAGCACAAAGUACUUCUUGAGACUCUUUCUAGAAUGCCAUUUACAUUGACCUUGGUCACCAUAUGUUCUGCCAUUGUCAGUACAUCAGCAUCAAAGGAUGCUUUUUUUGGGGUUCCAAAUAGGAGCAUUGCUGUGGCUUCUCAAUGUAGCCUCAACAUUUUUUGUUCUUCUUCCAAUUUUCCCACUCCUAUGAGAAAUAAAACUAAGAAAGACCAAACUCCAGCAAUUGUAUUUGAGCACUUUUGUAAUUUAAAAAAACCCAAACCAAAAAAAUCAAAACAGAAAUAUAAAUAUAUAUAUAUAUGGAAUAGAAGUAUUAUAGAAGGCUACCUCAGAAUGAGAUUCUAUAACUCACAUCUGAACCAGAGAAGAAUGUGCACUAUAUUUCUUUCUCUUCUUCUUUCUUGAUUUAUACAUUGAAAUAAUUAUUGAAGUGCCAGGUUAUGUAGUGUGGUCAUGUUCUUUAAUUCAAAUAUAUGAAAUCAGAAAUACAAAAUAAAGUGUCAUUUUGAAAACACAGACUAAGGAAGGUUUCUGAACACUGUAUCUGUAUAAAGAUCAGUGCAUUUUCUCUAGCAGACAGUCUUGCAAGCUCCAAUGAAAAUAAGGGAGUAAAAGAAAUACAAAAAAGCAGAGCCAAUUUGUGAGAAAAACCGUUGUACAACUAAAUACUCGUUUCAGGUUUUUUUGUUUCUUAUGAUAGCUCUUAGCAUCAUUGAUGUGCAUUCCACUUUCUGUAUUCUAAUAUAUGCAUUCUAGUUAAAUUAAAUUGUGAGCAUCUUUGUCUACAUACAUCAUACAUUUCCAAGCUUAAAAUUGGUUUCAUCAGCAUAACCAGUACGGUGCUAUUAUUUACGUUUGUAUGUGUAGUUAUGUCUAAUUUUGUAAUUAGUUGCAAUGGGGAAAAACACCACAAAAUAUAUGAAAAUGAUUUAUACAGAAUUUUAAUUUAGCUCUUUUUUAAAAAGUUAUUUGAGUGGUUAGAUAGCAGAGAAGAUGGCUGGGGGAAGGAGUGACCCUCUAAGGAGAUUUGCACUUUCUAUAUAUACCUUUGUACUAUGCACUGCCCUAUUGAUUCUACACCCAAUAUAACUUGAACCCAUCUGUAAGAAAUUGCUUAAAAAAUCCACUUGUAUGUAUUUAAAAGACACAGAACAUGUAAAAAGGAAAAAAAAAAGCAACUGCUUUUUUUUUUCCUUUUAUUUUCUCCCAUUUUUCUUAUGUUUCUGUUUCUUUUUUUUCUUUUUUUUCUUUUUUUUUUUUCCCUUGGUGCCCUGAUACUCCACAGAUAUCAGAAGGCUGCAGGUCUCAUUAUAACCAUCUGUUAUGUGGCUUUGCCAUUCAAGCUUGGAGUGUCUUUACAAAGAUAAUAAAAACUUGUGUUCUUUGCUCUUGUUUUGGAUGCAUAGACUGAAAAACUUAAAAAAUUACCUUGUAAAAUGGCUUGUUUAAAAAGAUACAAUUACCUCUAAUUAGUAGUACGCGUAAAUGUUUUACAGAAUGAAAGGCGUGCUUUUUAUUUUCUUACUUGGUUACAUUGGUGGCAAAAGAAAGUCUGUAUGAAAAUCAGUUCUUUGCUGACACAAGUUCCAUUUGUUACAGAUGAAUUCUAAUAAAAUGUCAGUGUUAUGCAGCCCUGGUCUUCUUUCUUAAGCAGUACUUUUGAAAUCAAAACUUGUUUGGUCCCUGUUGGUGAUAAAGGAGUUUAAUUGAAACUACAAAGCAGUCAUUAAUCUUCUUAACUAGCUGCUGGACAAUGGAAAAUACAUUCUUAGGUUAGCAAAUAUAUAUCAUUUUCAGCAGCAAGCUUUGAGGCAGCAUAGGCAAACCCUUUGGCAUAAAUUCUCAUAGCUUCAUGAGCUUAAUUGGAAUUAUCAGACUUUACAUGCCUCUGGAGUUCCCCUUUGUGCUUUAAAAAUGCAUCACUACACUGAGAAAACAGAUUUCUCUCCAUUCAUAGGUGCAACUCAAAGAGGGCAGAAUACCCACACAUUUUAUGUGAAUUGUGAACUUUUAAUUCCUGUAGAUUUGGCAGCUCCUGGGGUAAAUCCAAAGUCACUUGUCAGAAUUCAGUUACUGAAAUUGUGGCAAGCCGUCAUGACUUUUGACUGACUUCUGUUAUGCACUGCAUAUGCAGUGAAUAAAAAUGUGAAUCUGUGGGUCUACUAUCCAAAUACUGGGGUAGAAUUUUUAAACACAUCGGAAAAGUUUUAGAUGAAUAAACACACCAGGUGUAUUGUGGCAAGCUACAAGGGGCACGGUAUGGCAAUCUACUCAAAGAAAACAAGUCUUGCUCUGUCUGCUUGUUUUGAAAGAAGGAAGGUUUUGUCUCCAAGAUUACUUUGUAAGGGAAUACAGUCUAUUAGCAAUUAGUAUUAAGUACAUGUUAAUAAAGCAUUCUCUGUGCUGGAAGGAUGUGCAAGACAUUAACAUUAGGGUGAUUUCUAAGAACGUGUAUUGUUCUUGGCCUAAUUUCCACUUUAAGAUGGUGAUAAUAGUGUAAAUGUGAAGCCUUGGUAUUCUUACAGAGGCCUAUUAAUGUUUUUCCACUGAAUUCUGUGGAUUUUACAAUUACUGCAUUGCAGGCUGCCUUUGACUUGAACCUUUUUUGCGUAGUCUGUGCAAGGUGGUUUAGAGCUGUGUUAUGUAAGGGUUUCUUUAACUAUCUGAGUGGCUUUAGAUGGUACCCUUUAAUGUCAGCAUUGACUUCUUUGGAUUUUCCUGUUCUGUGCAUCUAGCAUGGACCAUAAUAAAGUGUGAAAAUGAGUAUUGACAAAAAUA